AGCUUCCAAGAUCCGUGAGUCUUGGCAGCCGGCGUGGCUGCAGGCCGUGCAUUGGACCCCGUGUGGCUCACUGAGGCUGGUGGGUGGAGCGGUGGCAUCAUGCCAGCCUUGGCCAUGGGAUCUGGCAGUGACACAGGUCUGUAUGAGCUGCUGGCUGCGCUGCCAGCACAGCUGCAGCCACACGUGGACAGCCAGGAAGACCUGACCUUCCUCUGGGACGUGUUUGGUGAAAAGAGCCUGCAUUCACUGGUCAAGGUAAAGCCCUACCGAUGUCAGAUACUGUUUACACUAGCAAGCAAUGUGGAAAAACACUGUGAGCGCCAUCAAGUCAACCCGAGGUGGAACUGUCACUCUGCACACAGCCCAGCCUUGUUGCUCUCCCACGGGCAGGACACCAUUCAGGAAUCUCCCAAAAAGACCGAGAGGAGCCCACUUAGUGUGAGGGUGGGGGUCUGACUGUGCAGCAAGCCUGGAUCACUUUGGUUUAGGGAAAGCCGCUGAAGGAGUCGAGCCCCUGGUAGGUCAGUGUUCACGAGCUGGGAUCCAGCUUCCAUAAAUAAGUGUUCAUGGCACAAAUGAGAAGG